UGACGUUGAAAUUAUAAAAAUGUUGGUGCUGAGGUAAAUAUUACUUUAUUAAUCAGGUAAAACCUGUUACAUGUCACAGACAGUUAAAAUCCAUCUUGAUUUUCACAUCUUCGGUCGGAAUGCUCACCUGCCCUCAGAGUCGGCACGUUCUUUGAUGGCUUUGAUCUUCGAGGGUCACGAGGGCUUUGACUGUAAAGAAGUGCUCUUGAGGCGGGUCGGUGCUUGGGCCGGGGGCUGGAGGAGGCUAGGACUUGACGGGGAGGAGACUACAGAUGUGGGGUGGUACAAUGUGGCGCUGUGAGGUCCUGCAGCACUCAGUGGACGCAUGAGAGCUGAGGAUAGUCGAGCAAACUGAAUCAAAGUUAGUGUUCCAGUAAGUCUACCUCCCAGAGUGACCAUGAGAGUCCUCCUACUAAUCUGCAUGCCAGUUCUGCUGCUCGCCCAGGCUCAGUACCAGGAACCGUUCCCUUUUUUGGAGGACUAUGGGCCUGAUUAUUUUCCAGAUACAGAAAAUUCUGAAUCCCUCCCUGGAACCUACCAGCAGCAGGUUCGACUUGAGCCAGUGGUGCGCCCAGAAAAAACAGAUGGGGAGACUGAGCCGACUGAGCCUGGCCCUCUGGAUUGCAGGGAGGAGCAGUAUCCAUGCACCAGACUCUACUCGGUUCACAAGCCAUGCAAGCAGUGCCUGAACAGCCUGUGCUUCUACAGUUUGCGACGGGUUUACGUCAUCAACAAGGAGAUCUGUGUGAGGACUGUGUGUGCACAUGAAGAACUGCUCCGAGCGGACCUGUGUCGUGACCAGUUCUCUCGCUGUGGUGUGGCAGCGCUGAGCGGCCAGUGCGGGUCUCUAGGAGGAAGCUGCGCACAGAGCUGUGGUGGUUGUUGAUUGAGUACAGAGAUCAGGGACACAACCUGCCCAGAUACUGCCGCUUCUCUUCAACUCAUCCAUGUCCUACUCCUUCUUCAUCCUUACUUCGUCUUCUUACUCUUCCUGAUUACUCUUGUGCCAAAAGCACUUCUGCAUUUGUAUUUUUGUCCUUUUUAUCUAUGUCUUCUUACUUGUACGUCUGCUCAGUAGAUCCUGCGUGUAUAGCGAAAUAUAAUCCAAAGAACAUUGAUGAUUGUAUAAAUCACUGGUGCUAUAAAAUCUUCACACUGGUGCUAUUACAGAUGCACAUAAAAUGUCUUUUCUUUUGUUUUGGCAUAUUGCACCGUAUUAUUCUCAUACUUUGUGUUUUUUGAUGCGUUACUGUAGUUGUGAUGUAAAGCAGUUCUGAUAAAGGACUCAUCAAUGGUGCACUGACAUCAGGCAAACCUUGUCAAUACCCAGCAGCCAAUAAGAUCAUGAGUUGUGUGAAAAAAACAGGUGGUGAGUGAUCUCACUGCUACCUGGAUCUGUGCUUCGCAAUCAACCAGCACUCUUAUAGAAAUAUACCCAAUAUACCCAGAGUGGAAACAUGUGCUUUGAAAAGGCAUCCCCCACACACAACAUCUGUACUACUGCUUUGUAAAACUGUCACUAUAAAGACUGAGAAAAAAAAUAAACUUUUUUUUUUUUACUA